AUGCAGUCUGAAAAUGAGACCAACCCGCCUUUGAUUACUCUGUCAGACCUACCAAUUUUACCACCGAAUGAAGAUACUGCUGAUGUAUAUUCGCUGGACCAGAGUCUUUCCACUGAGCUGCCAAGUCUACAAUCUGAAAAUGAGACCAGCCCACCUUUGAUAACACUGUUACCAGUUUUACCAUCGAAUGAAGAAACUGAUGAUUUAAAUUCACUGGACAUGAAUCUUUCCAAUGAGCUACCAAGUGUAGAGUCUGGAUAUGAGAUCAGCCUACCUUUGAUUACUCUGUCAGGCCUACCAGUUUUACCACCAAUUGAAGGAGAAGAAAUCAAUAAGGACCCAUCUACAUCAGUGUACGACUCAUCUCUGAUGGUGUACGAGGAAAUUUGCCCUGAUACCAACAUGACUAGUCAAGAGUGCUACAUUGUGGUAUGUGCAGAUGAGAUGAAUCCUGAAAAUUCAGCUGUGCCAUCACAGAGUAUUGUGUCAGGGGGAAUAGAAGUUGAGAUGUCAAACCAAAUGAUUGACCAUGAUUUAGAAGUGGAUGUUGAAGGUAAUAAUGUUUCACAACGUGAUCCUGAUUGGCUUCCUCCUUCUGAUCACAGUGAUUCUAGAGAGGAGUGGCCAGGUGAACCCAAUCCUGAUGAGACUAUUGAAGGCGAUGUAGUACAAAAUAACUUGCAAGAAAGAAAAAGAAGAGGAAGAAAGAGAAAAAUAGAAAGUCAAACUAAAGAAAUUGCUAAGAAGAAAGAAAUAGCAAUGAUAAAUAUUUUGAUUAUAAAGGGAAAUUGGUUGAAUCCAGGCAAUUCAUAAAUUUCAGAUGCAACUGU